CUACAGACCAGCACACAACUUGUGAAUCGAAUCUAAAGCUGACAAAAUGGUCGAAUGGACAGACUUCGAGCGCGCCACCAUCAAGGACAUCUUCUCCAAGAUGGAAUAUGAUGUGGUGGGCCCUGCAACCCUUACCAGGUGUCUGGUCGUGUACCCCUGGACUCAGAGGUAUUUCGGCAAAUUUGGAAAUCUCUACAAUUCCGAAGCGAUUUCUGCUAAUGCCAAUGUUUCCAAACACGGAACAACCAUCCUCCACGGUCUGGACCGGGCUGUGAAGAACAUGGACGACAUCAGAAACACCUACGCCGAACUGAGCGUGCUGCACUCCGAGAAACUGCACGUGGACCCCGACAAUUUCAGGCUCCUCGCCGACUGCCUGACCAUCGUGGUUGCUGGUCGGUUUGGCAGCGCCUUUACUGCUGAGGUGCAGGCAGCUUUCCAGAAGUUCCUGGUCGUGGUGGUGUCCUCCCUGGGAAGACAGUACCAUUAGAGACAUCACAUGCUGAGCAAAAAAAACUCUGUUCUUUUCGUAAUGUCUUAAAGGCAUAAAUAAAUAAAACAAGCAUAAACAA